AUGAGCGAGCCACUACCUUCCUCUUUCGAUGACAACCCUCAGUUCCAAGAAGAGACUUCGCUGCAGAAGUUCCGCAGGCGGCUCAAGCAAGAGCCGCUGAUUCCGCUCGGAUGUGCGGCUACCUGCUACGCCCUCUACCGGGCCUACCGAUCCAUGAAGGCGGGCGACUCUCUUGAAAUGAACAAAAUGUUCCGUGCCCGUAUCUACGCCCAGUUCUUCACCCUGAUCGCGGUGGUUGCUGGAGGCAUGUACUACAAGACCGAGCGACAGCAGCGCAAGGAAUUCGAACAGGUUGUGGAGGCACGCAAGAGCCAGGAGAAGCGGGAUGCUUGGCUGCGGGAACUGGAGAUCCGAGACCAGGAGGACAAGGAUUGGCGGGAGCGCCAUGCCGCCAUCGAGGCUGCUGCCAAGGAUGCGGGCAAGAGAAAGGCCACUGCGGAGCAGGACGCUGCUCGUUCGGCCCUCGAGCCCUCCGAGGAGAAGUCCAUCGGUGUUCUGAGUGCUGUUAUGGAGCUCUUGUCGCGGCAGAAGUGAAGUCGCCAAAGGGGGGACGUUUUCUGAUUGAUUCUCGCCAUUCCGUCUGGGUAUCAUAUCUUAUUGUACAUACAUACAUUCACACUUUUUUGAAGGAAAAUGCACACUCUCCGCUAGCUACUCGUCCCU